GAGAGAAGAAAAGGGAGAGAGGGGUUUAGAAAGGAGGGAGGGGGAGGCAAUCAAGAGGGUUUUAGAGAGAGUGAGAGUGAAAAAUGGGGAAGAAAGAAGGAGACUUGUGGGACGAUUCGGCUCUCAUCAAUGCUUUCGACAACGCCAUGACUACCUACAAGAAAAUGCAUAGCAAGAAACCCACUCAAGGUCCAACCCAGGAACACAAACUUGUGAGCAGUCCUGAAGAACAAGUCAUUGUUGAGGCUGGUGAAACCCAGGAGGCUAAAAGAAUACAAGGGGAUGCAGAUGACCCGACAAAAGAUGAGAAGACUACUAUGGAAAUGGGAGAGACCAGUAAUCUUUCAGAAGCUAAAGAAAAUCAUUGUUUAGAUUCAUAUGUACCUGACCCCUAUUCACAAGAUGCUCAGGACAUGCAAAACAACUAUUCAUAUUCAGAAGGUGGAGAAGAUUAUACAAAUUUACUCAACCAGUAUUAUGAGAUUGAGGAGAAAAGACAGAAGAUUCUAGAGAAACUUCAUCAAUUUGGUGGUGGGAAUUACCAGUAUUCUGGCGAAGGUUCAGGUUCAGGUUCUGGUGUACAGUGGGGUACUGUUUCUAGUUACGAACAAAAUGCAGUCCCUGCUAGCCAACCUUCUGAUCCAGCUGUUGUGGGUUCAUGUUGCCCGUACAUGUGUCCGUGCUUGAUGACUGCAUGCACUGCAUUUCCUGCUUGUCCAUUGGAUUCGACAUGUGCUGGUAUAACUUGUACGGAAGCUUGUUUGGCAACAAGUAAUGGGAAACCAUUAUCUCUUGAAGAUAGAAAAAUUGUCAAGACAGCAUUUGGGACUGCAGAAAGAGCAUUAUCAUCCAUGAAAACAAAUAUUACUGUUGAUUCUAGUAAAAGUGAAGGUAUCUUGUGGAGCAAUCCAUUGCAAAGAAGCGACAAAGUUAAACAUUCUCUCGCAACAUCAAGCUGUGGCAAGUUAUUACCCACCAUUAAUCACCCUUCAACAAUUAAGAAGAGGUUUCUUGCGAUUAUAUCAACCAGCCAUCGAGCAGCUUUAGACAACCAACGACAGCUACGAGUUUGCACCCGCUGCCUUUGCUAAGGAGGAGAGAAAUAACUUCUUGCCACCCUGAAUAUGAUUGUAAUUCUCUCUUAUGGCAAUGGGACAGGUUCAUAAGCGCCUACAAUAUCUUAUGGCAGCUAAAGCAAGCGACUUGGGUAUUCAGAUCGAUUCAAGAAAUUGCGGGUACCUGAAGGUAUUAAUUUAGAAAAAAUCAUGUUUUAUCUAUAGGUCUGAAGGCUUGAUGUUUCUUUAUGAUAACCAUUCUAUCGUGAUAUUUUUUUUUAUCACAUUAGUAACUUAUCAUUACAUUUAGGAACACUAGGCCAUAUUCAGAGUGCAUGAAAUGCCAAUCAGUUCUAAGGAAGAUUCCACCAUAGGCCAAGCUUCUUGCAACUUUGUUCCUUGAUUUUGGUGGAAGUAGUUAGUGUAAGAGGUCAUUACAAAGUAGCCAUUAUGCGAGUUGGUUUCUGAAAGUGUGAUGGUUCGCUCUAUCUCAUUCAGUGUACAUGAAACGCCAUACCUUUCUACAAACAAAUUCAUCUUGACAAAAUAGUCGUUUAUCUGUGAAUCUUGGAUUUUUUUCGGGAAUGGUAUGAAUAAUGAUAUCUCGGUUCGAUGAUCAAUGGCCAGACUCGUCCAUGUUUGGCUCUGACGGCAAAUCAACAGCAGCAUCAUUUGACGAAAAAGCGCGAUUCUACUCCGGCGUGGUUGUCUUGGGUUUUUUCUUAGGAUGAUUAUGCUGCUCCUUGUCCUCCAUUGGAGUACCGGCUUCAGCUUGUUUUAUUUUGUUCAUUGGAUUUGGAUAGAGUUUCUUUUGAUAUAAAUGGAGGAGGAGGAAUGCCACAACUAGUGGUCUAAAAUUAUGUGUUGUUU